GCGGGUGUAUGUGGAGUUUAAACGCACGAAAACUACUACUUGGCUAACAGAGAAAGGGCAAUAUAAAAUCUCGAAUGGUUACUGCUACGGAGGAGGGAGAAUAAUAAAGUUAAAAAGAAAAAAAAUCAACGGGGAAACAACGGCGAGAGGAAAAAAGGGAGAGGUGAAGCAAAACUUGAGAAUAAGGAUAGAUUUGAUCUGAGUGAGAGAGAAUAACGUCAGGCUCAAACGUACACCGACAAUCAGUGUGAGGAGGCAUCAAAACCUGUGGUGUUGUUACGAAAACUCGUGUGUACUCGCCCCGGGGUGGUACGUCCCGCUUCCGACGGCUGACAGUGUGAUUGUUUUUUUUAAGGGCAUUUUUCCGGAAUUCUUGCCGACUCGUGGAUUCACUUUUGUUUGGGUUUUUUUCAGUUUUUGGUUUUUACUGUGGUUUUUAUUGCAUCGAGGAGUGACUCAGGUUUUUUGGCUGUGGAGAAUUCGCCGUACUGUGGGUGUUUUGGUUGUUAAUACGUGACUUGUGGUGUCUCUAUGUGAUGAUUGUAUUUUUCGGGGGUUAUUUUACGUACGAGCGCUGAUGAACGGCCAGACAGACACCUGCGGACACCGCGGGGACAGUCUUGUUCGCGAGUGAAUUGCUGGAGAGGAGAUUGGUUCGGGGAAAUUUUUAUCAGUGUGAUCGGUAGAUUGAGGUGAAUUUUUUUCACGUGCUGUGCGAAGACACAACGGUGGGUUUUAUUUUUCCAUUUGUUUGUUUUUGUGAGUAAAAAAGAGGGGGAGAACUGGAGCUUUUUAGGUUCUUUUUUUACAACAUUCGAAGAUACUGAGGCCUGUGGAACGCGCGCGCUUUUGCCUCCCCGAGUUACCGUUUUAAACGUGGCAUUCAACUACCGAGACGCGGAGAAAAGCCCAACUCACUUGCGACUUGGAUGGAUACAGUGCAUUAUUUUUGGAGCAGUGCGGUGGCUGCAGCCGACACCAUUUCCUCGCCGUGGACGCCCGCGAGUUCCGGGCCGCAGCCCGACGCCAACGGCUCCGGCUCGGAUACAAAGAAUCUCGAUGUUGGCGAAAUUAGCGAUGACGAGAAGGACCUCUCGGCGGCAGAUGCGGAAGGUGUUUGGUCGCCGGAUAUCGAGCAGAGCUUCCAGGAGGCCCUCACUAUUUAUCCACCAUGCGGACGACGCAAAAUUAUUCUCUCCGACGAGGGAAAAAUGUAUGGUCGAAAUGAGCUGAUUGCCCGCUACAUUAAACUCCGCACUGGUAAGACGAGAACGCGAAAGCAGGUCUCUUCGCACAUUCAAGUACUUGCGAGGAGAAAAUUGAGGGAAUUACAAGCAAAACUCAAAGUGAACUUUUGGCAGCCCGGACUCCAGCCAGGUACUUCCCAGGAUGUCAAACCAUUUCCACAGUCGACAUACACCGGAAAACCGGCGACUGCAGUGUCGAGUGGUGACAUGGUCCAGGCACAGCCACCACCACCGUGGGAGGGUCGUGCCAUUGCCACUCACAAACUCAGACUCGUUGAAUUUUCGGCCUACAUGGAGCAACAUCGAGAUCAAGACAUCAAAAUUUUUACACCCGAAUUUCAGUACCACAAGCACCUGUUCGUCCACAUAGGUGGCUCAGCGACAUACGCGGAUCCACUGCUGGAGGCGGUGGAUGUUAGGCAGAUCUAUGACAAAUUUCCGGAGAAAAAGGGCGGCUUGAAGGAGCUCUAUGAUAAGGGACCACAGGCUGCUUUCUUCCUUGUUAAAUUUUGGGCUGAUCUCAAUACCAACAUUCAGGAUGAGGCUGGAGCUUUCUACGGUGUUACGAGCCAAUACGAGAGCAAUGAGAACAUGACGAUAACGUGUUCGACGAAAGUAUGCUCGUUUGGUAAACAAGUGGUGGAGAAAGUGGAGACUGAAUACGCGAGGUUUGAGAACGGAAGGUUCGUGUAUCGCAUCAGUCGUUCACCAAUGUGCGAGUACAUGAUUAACUUCAUUCACAAGUUGAAACAUCUACCAGAGAAAUACAUGAUGAACAGUGUACUCGAGAACUUCACGAUUCUCCAGGUUGUUACAAACAGAGAUACACAAGAGACGUUACUCUGUACAGCAUAUGUUUUUGAAGUAUCAACGUCCGAGCACGGUGCUCAGCAUCACAUAUACAGACUUGUAAAAGACUAAGUCUGCAUCAUUCUUCUUUAAUUUCUUAAAUUAUCUGCUCGCCAUGCAGCCAUCCACCCCCAUCAGUGCCUACCACUACAUGAUUACAACAAGAAAUGAAAAAAAAAAUAAUAAUAAUAAAUCAUCCAUUAUAGAAUCACGCGCAUGGUGCGUGUAAAUCGCACACUAGUACACUUACGCAACACCGUGAGAGACAGGAGGAAAAACAAAAUAGAAAAAUUGAAUUUGAAAUAAUGAAACUACAGGUAUACAUACACCAGUGACAGUUACACAACUGCGUGACAUCCGUCAAUACGUUGGGUAUGUAAAUACAGAUCAAGUAGCUUUCGUUUGCGCAAAUUUAUAUUCAUUUUUUCAUCCUUAGUAGUUCCUGGAAUUUUCAUGAUUUACGAUAUGUGGGUCUUUACUUAUGAAUUCCUUUGUAAGCUGUGAUCUCAGAUGAUCUACUGUCGUAUUGGUGAAUUAUUCUGGGACACGACGAUUUUUUUAGCGAAUGAUAAUCAGUGAAUUAUCAAAAUUACUGUUAUGAGAUACUGAUCGAUUUCAAUACUAGUUUUUUUGAAAUUUUAAUAAUCUUGAGAUUUUAUGUUGGAUGACAAUAAAUUAAUAUCUUUAUUUUUUCGUAUAAAAAAUCUAGGGAAACUAGCUUUUUAAUUUUUCAAAGUUUUAUUUUAGUGGAAAAAUUGACAAUAAAAUUAAUUAAAAAUUCUGAUUUUUUUUUUUCAGAAUCGUUUCAGUAUCGGAAUAACUUAGUAUUAUGAAUUGACUCGGAAUUGAUGAAUAUUCCAAUUUUAAGUCCAACGACAGACACACAAAUACUAAAAACACAGACAAAAAAGUUAAGAAACUCGCAUUACACAGAUUAUACAUAUAUUACGAGUAAGAGUAUAUAUGUUAAAUAAGAACGCAAUGAUUACGAUUUACAUUGUUAUAAAUGAUCGUGUAUAAAGCUAUGUAAGUGAUUUUAAGUUUUAACUGAGAGAUGAAAGUUGAAAAAAACAAGUUUUUGAAAAGAAAAGAUGAUGCCAUUACAAAUUCAAGAGUCCUCCUGAUUUUUUAAUUAUUUUUUUAAUUAGAAAACAAAACGAGAGUAUGAGAUCGGAGAGGAAGAAAAUAAGCUGCACGUAUUCAUUUCUAAAUUCAACGAUUGUGACAUGAAAGGAACUCUUUAUUCAGUCUAUUUUUGCCCCCAAUUGCAGCAAUUUAAAUUUAAGUUUUAUUAUCGUAAAGCUUGAACCAUUACUUUUUUACGUUUCAUUUAACGAAAAUAGUGAAUUGUUAAUUGCACCGAUUUUUUGUGCGAUCCCACCCAACUCUAGGCAGCGACCAUGUAGGCUAUAAGGAUGUGUUUGUAUUCCUUAUAAUCACUUUAAUUUUUUACUCUAAGAAUUUAUUCUCCUCUUCCCCCUCUACCCAACAAACUUCCCCUCUGGAUUUUAUUUUCUAUGAAGUUACUGCGUCUGAUUUUUUUUCUUACUUAGUGUACUGUUUUUUUUUGUUUCGUUUUUAACUUUCUACUACAUUUAUAAUGUGAUGUUAGCAGGGAAUUUUUCAUGCCGCACUUUAGCAGAAAAGUGACCCCGGAAGUGUAUUUUAUUUGGCUUGUCGAGUGAAUAAAAAAUUCAUGCUUCGUUGUAUUUUCUGAGGGAGAAAAUUCAAAGAGAAAUCAUUUUUUAAUUCAGAGUAAAAUUAUUUUCGUCGCUGUGACAAAUUGUUGCAGAUCCACUUUAAUUAUAUUGAAUUAAAAUCAGAUGGAACAUGAACUAUUGCCUCCUUUUGUCGAGUUUCGUACUUAAAGUAGCUCCCGAUGUCUCACUCGGUUGAAAAAAUAUCACGGAGGGACCAUGAAGAUGAAUACAAAGUAGAUUCAUUCAUUACGUAUUUAAUUGGAAAGAAAAUAUACUCUGGACCAUACCCUCCGAACUCAAUGAAUCAUUUUAUUGCAUUCUCUCUUAACUCUCAUUGCUAAAUUCUUUGAUUUGUUAUUUCAAUUUCUUUCCCGUUCACAUUGUUCUCUAACGAAACGAACUUGCCUACUGUGCAGUAAACAACUAACAUAAACUGGAGAUGAAGAAAAAAAAAACAAGAAAAGAAAAAUACAUAUACUUUUAGGAAUACAUUAAGAUUAAUUACCGUAUUGUUACUGUAAACUAACUUUUAUGAAACAAGUGGCAAUGUAUUUUGAUCUCUCUUUAGUCAGAAAAUAUAUCCUUUUUUAUUCAGGGCCCAACGACGAUAGAAUGAAUUAUUGCAAUUAUUUGUCUUCAAUGGUUGUUUUCCAUUCGCUUGAAUAAGAAAGGACAAUUUUAAUUUGAUCGAUAAUUAAUUAAAUUACGAUUGAAAAAUGAUAAAUUGGCAGCUUUUGUACUUCUUAGUUAUUGUUAUAUUUUUCGUAUCAAUUGAGUGCAGCUAUUUUUUAUAGAAAAAAAAAUGAUUUAAAAAAUUGAGCAAUUAUUUCAAUUCAAACUACAAUCGUUGGAAUGUCACUGGAGUUCAAAAAAAAAAAUUGUCUAUAUCAAAUAUAUUGAAAAGAUUGAGAGUUCUCACUGGUAUUUAGACGAUUGUAAAAAUUAGUAUAAAAAAUGUUGAUAAAAAAUUCUUUCAUUCUAAUUCGAGGAUAAUCGAUGGAAGAAGUACAUGAAAAAAAUUGUGAAUGAGCACCGACACGAAUAUUAUUAACAGUAAUGAGUAAUAAUUUUUAAAAAUAAGUAAAUUACAUUUAUAAGAAAAAAAAAGUUUAUGAAAAUAUAUAUUUAUCUAUGUCUUCUGUGAAGAUAGAAAAUAGUACUCUCUCACUCUAUAUUGAUGAUAUCGAAAUUGAAUUUAAAAAACUGGACAGAGAUGCAAAUAAAGAUGUAAUUUAGAGACGAAAGGAAAAAAUAUGUAGAAAAUCACAAUCUCGAAUUGUAUACAUGAGACGAUCUAAUAGUGCAGUCAGACUUUAUUGAAAAUGAAAAAGAAACUGUAAAUAAUAACGUUUAACGACCAUAAGACAUUGUUCAAGUUCCAGCGGCCAUUCGAUAAAUAAUCCACCUUUUUUUUAUUAUAAGAAACUUUGGUUUUCAAUUUUGUUAAAAUGGAAAAGAAAGUAAUAGAUUUGUGUUUCCUUUUUUAAGAAUCAUCCAACGAUAGUAAACUACUUGCGUUAAUUUUUUUUCUAGACUUACCUGAGUGUAUUUUUUAUUAUAUAUUUUGUGAGAGUGUAAUGCAAUUUCGAGAGAAGAAAAUGUGGAAGUAACUAUUCCCGGAGUAAUUGAAAAAUUGGCUGAAGCGGAAUUCACUGAUAAAUUUAAAAAUUUCAAUUUCAUUCAGUUGGUAUUUUUCCCCAUAUCCUGGAACUGCCAUAUCAAAGAAUUGAGCUUGAUCAUAAAGUUUUAAUGAAAAAGCAAAAGUUUUAAUGAAACGGAGAAACUUAAAUUCAAACAAAAUAUUGUACGAAAAUACGUGAAAAAGAAGAAAAAUCUACCUGUAUAUUAUAUCAUCGUAAAUGAAACGAAGCGAGGAUCAAAGUAGUUGAUUUAACGAGUAAAUGAAGAUAAUUGAAAUGGAGAGGUAAAGAAAAUGGAGCAAAAUGAUAUAUCAUUAAUUUAGAGGUUUAAAAGUAUAUAAUAGAAUUCAGUAUAUGUACAGUAUUUGUAAAACAUGUUUAUAAUUUGUAUGGACAAAUAAAGAAUUGAUAUAAAAUCAUA